AGCCCCAGGCCCAGGGCGCCGAGGGGAGCGAGGGCGGCGCCGUGACCAUGCCGGUGCCCAACCUGCCUGACUGCACCACGCCCCUGAGCCAGGCCGGCAACUGCGUCCGCCUGCACAACUGCAAGCCGCUGCUGGACCUGCUCAAGACGUCGCGCCUCGGGCCGCGCGGCCUGCCCGACUCGGAGGUCACCCUGCUGCUCAGGAGGUCCCACUGCGGCUUCCAGGGCAACUCCGUCAUGGUGUGCUGCCCGGUGGACGCGAGCGCCUUCCGCGGCAAGCCAUCCUCCACGGCGGCCCCGGCCCUCAGCAUCACGUACGCCCCCCAGUCGCGCCCCCGGCCCCCCGCCGCCCCCGGCGCGUUCGGUGGCUCGGGCUCGCAGCAACGGCCGGCCGCGCCCACGGGCGGUGACGCUGGCUUCGAGUUCAGCACGCCGGCCCCCGAGGCCUACCCCGCCCCCGGCUCAGGCCCGCCCACUGACAGCAACAACGAGGGGGCGGGCUUCGCGGGGGCGGCGAGCUACCCGGCGCUGAGCUCGAGCUACCCCGCGGCAAGCUCCAGCUACCCCGCGGCCCCGGAGGCGGCGCCCGCGCCCGCAGCCAGCAACCAGCAAGAAGGCCAGGACAGCUUCCCGCUGGAGAACCUCGGCCUCCUGCCCGUCGAGAUCUGCGGGCUGAUGCUGCACCCGGGAGGCAGCAACCCCGCCAACAACCGCACCGGCCUCAUGCAGUACCCGUGGAUGGCCCGCCUGGGCUACAAGCAGGGAGACGGCGACGCCGUGGAGUUCCUCUGCACGGGCAGCCUCAUCAGCGAGCGCUACGUGGUGACGGCGGCCCACUGCGUCGAGGCGCGCGACGGCCUGGUGACCGUGCGCCUCGGCGAGAGCGACGCCGCCACGGACCCGGACUGCGUCGAGUCCUCGUGCGCGCCGGGCGUGGUGGACGUGGCCGUGGAGGACAAGGUGGUGCACGAGGACUACCGCCGCGGCGUCAACGACAUCGCGCUGCUGCGCCUGGCGCGGCCCGUCGCCUUCUCAGAGGCCGUGAGCCCCAUCUGCCUGCCCGUGCAGUCCCACAACCGCCCCGAGGAGGACCUGGUCGGCCGGCACAUGUCCCUGGCGGGCUGGGGCAACUCGUCGCCCUACCGGAGGCAGCACGCGCCUAGCCGGUGGCUGCUGCAGCACCGCAUGCACGUCGUGGCGCAGUCGGCGUGCCGUGCGGCGUACGACGCGCUGGACGACGUACACUUCCAGUCCGACAAGCACCUCUGCGUCGGUGGCGGCUGCUACGGCGACAGCGGCAGCCCGCUCAUGCUGGCCGAGGGCGGGGCUGGCGGCGGCGAGAUGAUGGACAACCGCGCCGUGCUCUACGGCGUGCUGUCGUACGGGCUGCCGGACUGCGCGCUGCGCUCCUCGCCGCUCGCCUUCACCAAGGUGUCGCACCACGUGCCCUGGCUGGUGCGCAACCUCCGGCCCAACCCCUUCGUGCCCAAGGACCGCUCCAGCGGCUCGGGUGUCGUCGACCCGCGCCGCACCCGGCACCCGGCACCCGGGGCGGGCUACCUCCACCAGCACUGAGGACGCGCGCCGCGUGCCGCGCCGUGCGAGUAGGCAGCCCACCGCGCGGCUGCGCUGUCCUGGUUGCCAGGCGCUGGAGGGGAGACCCUCGCCUCCUCGCACCACCGCCAUCGGCGUCAUCGCGGUCGUGCGUCUACACGUCUACGCUGCACGUACCUGUCCCGCUUUGCCCCGCCUCGCCAGCCACCGGAAUAACCGCGGGCGCACGUGGGCGGGUGCCAAGGCCGAGAAUAGCUCCAGCUCGGAGGACGGCGACACGGCGACGCGGGUUCGGCAGGGGACUCCGGAUAGUAUGUUGCCUCGUCGCUCUGUCCCUCUCGCCCCACUUCGGGACACCGCACGAGUGCGAGAGAGAGAGGAAACGACGAAAGCACUGUUCGGACCCAGCCUGCUGGGGGUCGUAAGGGCCGAGUGACGCGCUGGGUGCGGCUAGCCACCUUCGUGAGACUGCGAUACAGUACGUUGCCAUCCUGUGAUACACUUGGUUGUUUCGUUACUUUUGAUAAUCUGAUGAGCUUCAUCGCGCCUCCAAUACGAAUGUUUCGCGGCGUUUAUUAGUGGAGCCUCGUUUGUUUCGUUUACAUCUUUGUUACAUGUUAAUUCACACAUAUUUAAAAAUAAAAGACUGAAGAAGAUAGAACACGC